AUGCCAGGCUGGGCGACAAGGGAGGGCGUUAGAGAUGUGAAGAAGAGGUGGAAGGUGCGAUGCCUGUCUCGGCAGCAACUUCGACCUUCAGGCCAACCUUCCUUUGCAGUGGAAAGUGGAGAGUGGAGCAGCGGAGACAGACAAACCGACGACCCCUCGGUGCUCCUACGCGUGGCAGAGACAGACAGACCAACACCAAGAAGGAACGACCGAAGCACCAGAUGGCAGGCGCAAGUCAGGGAUGCGGCAGGCACUGGGAAGAACCUUAUCGGCCAUUGGCAGCGCCCCAAACCUUAUCCCGCUUUAAGGCAUGCACCACUCCACUGCAUCUGCACCAGCACCAGCACCAGCACGACCGUCACGACCAGCCAGAGGCCUGGGCCUGCCCUCUCGAAAGCCACAGGACUCUGUUCGGACGACACAGGGGCCGGCAGCCUUCUCCGGCCCGGUUUUGGCAGCCAUUGUCGCGUGCUGAGACGGCGACGCAUGGGGCGCGAAGCAGCCAGUUCCAGACCGCGGCAGGUCAGACUCGCAGAGGUCGAAUAG